AUGGACGAGGAUGGACCGCGAGCAGCCGAGGAGCAGGACCCGGAGGAGGACAGCACCUCCAAGACCUUCGUCCGCCUUAACGAUCUCUCGGGAGAUGGAGGUCGCUCGGUCCCCGGGGACAAGGAGAAGGACCCGGGCAGCGGGGACUCGGACGGCGAAGCGCUCCCUUACCCGGCCCUCGCGCCGAUCGUCUUCUUCUAUUUGAGCCAGCACAGCCGACCCAGGAGCUGGUGCCUCAGGAUCGUGUGCAACCCAUAUCCUUUUUCCACCCCCACCCCACCCCCCAAGGUGACAGGGGCAGGUGGCCGCCGCCGGCGCGGCCAAGGUAAGCCGGGGCAGCCGCCCUCCCCUCUGCAGCUUGAAGGUAAGCGAAGUUUCCUCUCCUCGCUCGUCCCAGCAGCCCAAGAAGUUGCGUCUUCCCGGGUGGGAGUGGGGGGGUUGCUGCCGCCGCCAUAAAGACCUCUGGACCACCAGCCUGCAAGCUAGUCCAUUUGUUGUAAAAAGCUUUGGGGGGGGGAGGGUAGACAAAAUGCAACGCAAAUAAUUGACGGAGAAAGCUGUUUAUUCCCAGAGGAGGCAGCCUGUCGCAUGCAAGGCGCCUUACCUUUUUUUAAAAAAUAGGGGGAAAAAUAUUAUGAUGAUUUCCAAACUUUUGAAGCUUUUUCUACAGGGCAGGAAAGAAGUGGUGUGUGGUGUUUUCUUAUGUGCGUGUGUGUUGGUGGAGAUCUCCCCGUCUCUGUGUCUCUCUGCUACGUCUGUCUCCAAUUCAUGACUUGGAAGUUUUUCCAGAAUCUGUUGAAGGGGUUUCUCAAUGUUUCCUGCCCUACUAGGCAGGGAUUUCUCUGGGGCUGAAGUCAUAACAUGGAAUUCCAGAAAAGUACUAGAAAAUGGAAACAAUAUGUAACUCUCAAUGGAGAGAAGAACUAUGGGAAGGAAACAAGAGCAGGUCUCUCGCGCGCUCUCCCUCCGAGACGGAUUUGCUCUGAUUCCCUCUUGCCUUCUCUCUCUCUCUCUCUCUCUCUCUCUCUCUCUCUUCCCUCCGCCCCCCCCCCCGCAAGCUUUCCUUCUCAUCUUUUAGCUGAGGAGAUGAGAGCCGGAAUAAAACUUAACAUGGAUAAUCCUGGAUUGCUCUGCUACAAAAACACAACAUCUAAAAAAGGUCUAUCUUCUCCCCAGAAGGAAAGCUGGGCGGACAGUUGCUACGAUAGCAUGAUCAACUCGGAGGGUACAGUUGCAAGAGAAGUUUGA